AUGUGCAUGCACGACAUCUCUAAUACUCUCUGGGACACGUAUGGUAUCAUCAAGGACGUGAAACCGUUCACAAGCUGGUUCCCUCGCGCCGACAUUCAUGAACUUCUCACCCCCGAUAUCCUCCAUCAGCUCAUCAAAGGGACGUUCAAAGAUCAUCUCGUCGCCUGGAUUGAAGACUGGAUCACAACGCACUCAGAAUCGGCUCAGGAAGCUAAGCAGAUCUUAGACGAUGUUGAUCGUCGGCUUGCUGCCAUUCCUCCCUUCCCAGGGCUUAGACGCUUCAAGAACGGCCGCAACUUCAAGCAGUGGACUGGGGAUGAUUCGAAAGCGUUGAUGAAGGAAACCUUGCAGCGCUUCCACGCUCUUCGAGGCAUUUUUGAGCGGGAAGGAAUCCGUCCAAAUGGGUUCUCGCUCCCUCGUCAGCAUGCGCUCGUUCACUACAUUCGUAGUAUCGAGUUGUUUGGAUCCCCGAACGGUCUGUGCUCAUCUAUCACUGAGUCUAAGCACAUUGAAGCUGUCAAGAAGCCCUGGAGGGCGUCGAACCGUCGCGAACCGAUCCUUCAGAUCAUACAACGGAACGUUCGCAACAGCAAGCUCGCUGCAGCACGUGCCACAUUCGGAAUGCGCAACCUCCUUCGUGGCGACAUCAUUGAUUACGCAAUGCGCGCUGGGGACACGAUGUCUCGUCUGACGAAGAGGAGCGUGAAGAUCGGCGCUAUCAGCUUCGGCAAGAAGAGGCAAUCGCAGCCGGCCCGCGGAGUCGACAACCUCUUUGCCCAAUCGUGCAUGUAA